AUGUCCGAAUCAGGAUCCGUUUUUGAGGCCCCUCUCUCGCAGGGAUUCGGAUACGGGAUCAUUCUCGGUCUGGGCUUCGCCUUUGCCUUGGUGAUGAUCUUUAUCACCUGGGCCUUGAAACGAUACCAACAUGAAGUGCAAACAUCCGAGAUGUUCUCGACAGCCGGUCGAUCCGUCAAAUCCGGGUUGGUGGCAGCAGCGGUGGUCAGCAGUUGGACGUGGGCUGCCACUCUUCUUCAAUCGUCGGCUGUGGCAUACAAGUACGGAGUGUCUGGCCCGUUCUACUACGCAUCUGGCGCAACUGUCCAAAUCCUCCUUUUCGCAACAAUCGCCAUCGAACUUAAACGCCGGGCCCCAAAUGCCCAUACCUUCCUCGAGGUGAUCCGUGCCCGCUAUGGCACCACUGUUCACGUUGUGUUCAUCGUCUUCUGCUUGAUGACCAAUAUCCUUGUCACGGCGAUGCUGCUCACCGGGGGAUCGGCAGUCAUGACAUCCCUCACAGGAGUGCCCACGGCCGCGGCGUGCUUCCUGCUCCCCAUUGGCGUAGUCCUGUACACCAUCUUCGGGGGCAUUAAGGCGACCUUCAUCACCGAUUAUAUGCACACUGUGGUCAUUCUGGUCGUGAUUUUCCUGUUCGCCUUCUCCGCAUAUGCAACCAACUCGGAACUGGGCUCUCCCAGCAAGGUAUAUGAUGCCCUGGUCGCCGCAGCCAAGGCGCACCCGGUCGAGGGCAAUGCCGAGGGAAGCUAUUUGACCAUGAGAUCCAAGGAAGGGGGCAUCUUCUGGAUCAUCAACCUGAUCGGAAACUUUGGCACCGUCUUCCUCGACAACGGAUACUACAACAAGGCCAUUGCGGCAAGCCCCGUUCAUGCCUUCCCGGGAUAUGUCAUUGGUGGCCUGUGCUGGUUCGCCAUUCCCUGGUUGUGCGCCAGCACAAUGGGCAUUUCGGCCCUGGCGCUUGAAGGAUCGCAGCGCAUGAGUAGCGGAGAUGUCACUGCGGGCCUGGUCCUUCCCUUUGCCGCCGUCCAGCUGCUCGGGUACAGCGGUGCCGUCGCCACCACUUUGAUGAUCUUCAUGGCGGUGACAUCUGCCUUCUCGGCCCAAUUGAUCGCCGUCUCUUCCAUCUGGACCUACGAUAUCUACCAGGCCUAUAUCCACCCCACAGCCAAGGGCGAGAAGCUGGUCUGGAUGUCUCACCUGUCUUGUGUGAUCUAUGCGAUCGUCAUGGCAGGCUUUGCCACAGGCCUUUUCUACGCCGGCAUUGGCAUGGGUUACCUGUACCUCCUGAUGGGUGUCAUCAUCUCCUCGGCCGUGAUUCCAGGUGCGAUGACCCUGCUCUGGAAGGGGCAGAACUGGAUUGCUGCCGCGGCAUCGCCGCCUCUGGGCCUGAUGGUCUCCUUGAUCGCCUGGCUGGUUACCGCAAAGAAACAGUACGGGACUCUGACCGUCGACACCACUGGUUCCAACUAUCCCAUGCUCGCCGGCAACGUGGCCGCUCUCCUGAGCCCGAUGAUCUUCGUGCCCCUGUUUACCUACAUCUUCGGGCCCCAGAACUACGACUACGAGUCCAUGCGCGCCAUUCGCAAGAACGACGACUCCCAGGUCGCCGCCGCAGCCCACGUCGAUCUCGAGCUCAUCCCCGGCGAAAUCGACACGCCUGAUACCGAAUCCGAAGAGGAAAUGCGCAAGCUCAACCGCGCAGCAUUUUACUCCCGCACCCUGACAAUCUUCAUGACCCUUGCUCUGAUGAUCCUGUGGCCGAUCCCCAUGUACGGGACCUCCUACGUGUUCAGCAAGAAGUUCUUCACGGGCUGGGUGGUGGUUGGUAUCCUUUGGCUGUUCUGCACGCUCUUUGGCGUGGUCGUGUUCCCGUUGUAUGAGGGGCGUGAGAGUAUUGUGCGAGUGGUGAAAAUGAUGAGUCUGGAUUUGAUGGGCAGGAAGCCGGCUGUUUAUCGGGGGCAAAAGAGCGAUGGCGCGCAGGCUUCGGGUGUAGCUACGCCUGUGGAGCAGGUUGGGGAGAAGGGCAAGGAGUCGUCUGAGGUUGGUGUUUGA